GAUGUCAUGGAAAUCUGCCAGCUGCUAAGAACAUCUUUGACCUUCUCCCGGUGCCACCAUCGAGUUGAUCCAGAGCCAUACAUCAAUCUCUGUGAAAAAGAUAUCUGUGCCUGUACCCAGGGCAUAGACUGUCACUGCUCGGCCUUCCUGGAUUACGCAAGAAGCUGUGCUCAUGAAGGAGUGAUUUUGGAUGGGUGGCCUGAAGAAAGCUCAUGCAGGCCAAGAUGUCCAGUUGGCAUGGAGUAUAAGGAAUGUGUAUCCCCAUGUGCCAAAACCUGCCAGAGCCUGAAUAUCAAUGAAGUGUGUCAUGGACAAUGUGUUGAUGGCUGCAGCUGCCCUGAGGGGCUGCUUCUUGAUGGUGAACACUGCAUUGAAAGCUCUGACUGCUCCUGCAUCCACUCUGGAAAACAUUAUCCUUCUGGCUUCACCAUCUCCCAGGACUGCAACUCAUGCAUUUGUCGACGUGGCACCUGGAUCUGCAGCAAUGGGGAAUGCCCAGGAGAAUGCUCUGUCACCGGCCAGUCCCAUUUCAAAAGCUUUGACAACAAGUAUUUCACCUUCAGCGGGAUUUGUCAGUAUUUAUUUGCCAAGGACUGUGUGGAAAAUUCCUUUUCUGUGAUCAUCGAGACAGUGCAGUGUGCAGAUGAUCUUGAUGCCGUGUGCACUCGCUCAGCUUCUGUCCGGAUCCGGGAUAUGGACAACAGCAUCAUUAAAAUGAAACAUGGAGGAGGAGUUUCACUGAAUGGACAAGACAUACAGAUCCCUCUGCUGCAAGGUGCUCUCCGUAUCCAGCGUGUGGUGAGGACUUCAGUUCGCCUUACCUAUGGGGAAGAUUUGCAGAUUGACUGGGAUGGUCAUGGUGAACUCCUAGUGAAGCUGUCUCCAGUCUAUUCCGAAAGGAUGUGUGGGCUGUGUGGAAAUUACAAUGGUAACCAAGGGGAUGAUUUUCUUACACCUUCUGGCAUGGUGGAAUCUCUUCUGGAAAAUUUUGGAAACUCCUGGAAGCUCAAUGCAGACUGCCAAGACUUGAUAAAACAAGACAGCGACCCCUGCAAUCUCAAUCCUCGUUUAGCCAAAUACGCAGAGGAAUCCUGCUCAGUUCUGAUGGCUUCUGCGUUUGAGCCCUGUCACCAUGAAGUCAGUCCCGCUCCGUAUGUGAAGAACUGCCGCUUUGAUGUUUGUUCCUGCUCCAGUGGCAAGGAUUGUCUGUGCUCUGCUAUUGCUAAUUACGCAGCAGCCUGUGCUAGGAAGAGCAUCCUGGUCCAGUGGAGAGAUCCUGACUUCUGCCCAAUGGCCUGUCCUGAAGGCCAAGUGUACCAGCAGUGUGGGACGCCGUGCAACCAAACCUGCAGAUCUCUGUCCUACCCGGAUGAGGACUGUGAUGAACAGUGCGUGGAAGGCUGUUACUGUCCCCCUGGGCACUACCUGGAUGAGCGUGAGCAGUGUGUGCCCAAGGCACACUGCUCUUGUUACUAUGAUGGUGAGAUCUUCCAGCCUGAAGAUAUCUUCUCAGAUCAUUAUACCAUGUGCUAUUGUGAAAAUGGUUUCAUGCACUGCAGUACGAACAGAGUUCCUGGUGCCUUCCUGCCCAGUGUUUUUGCUGACAAGAGACCAUCUGCCAGAAUAAAAAGGAGUUUGACAUGCAGAUUCCCCAUGGAGAGAUUUAUCUGUCCUGCAAACAACCCAAGAGCAGAAGGAUUGGAGUGUGCCAAGACUUGCCAGAACUAUGACUUGGAGUGCAUCAGCCAUGGCUGCGUAUCUGGGUGCCUCUGUCCAAGAGGGAUGGUGCGACAUGAAAACAAGUGUGUUGCUCCUGAGAGAUGUCCAUGUUUCCACAAUGGAAGAGAAUAUGCCAAGGGAGAGACAGUGACCAAUGACUGCAACACCUGUGUGUGCCAUGGUCGAAAGUGGGAGUGCACCAAAAAUCUGUGUGAUGGCACCUGCACUGUUAUUGGUACAGCUCAUUACUUGACAUUUGAUGGAUUGAAAUACAAGUUUCCAGGAAACUGUCAAUAUGUAUUAGUUCAGGAUUUCUGCAAAGAUGACUCUGGAACAUUCCGGAUACUAAUUUCAAAUGAAGGUUGUGGCUUCACUGGAGAAAAGUGCACCAAAAGGGUUAUCAUUCUGUAUGAAAGAGGAGAAAUAGAGUUGUUUAAUGGAAAUGUAAACAUCAAGGUACCUCCUAAAGAUGAAAAUGAUUUAGACGUCCUGAAGUCUGGUCGUUAUUACAUCAUUUUGCUGGGCAAAAGUAUCAGUGUGACCUGGGAUCUGGCUAUGGGAGUCUCCGUUAUCUUAAAAGACAAUUUCAAAGAUCAAGUGUGUGGUCUGUGUGGAAAUUUUGACGGAAUCCAAAACAAUGAUUUGACCAGCAGCAGUGAACAUCUUGAAGUAGAUCCAGUUGACUUUGGGAAUUCUUGGAAAGUUAAUCCAUCCUGUGCUGAUGUUGAAAAGCCCAGCCUGGAGCAGACCUUGAUGCCUCCACUGUGUGAUGGAAACAUAGUGAAGCAGGUGAUGGUAGAAACGUCAUGCAGCAUUUUGUCUGGGGAUCUCUUUGAAGAAUGCAAAAAAUUAGUGAAUCCUGAGCCCUACAUAGAUAUUUGCAUGUAUGACACUUGUGCUUGUGAAUCUAUCGGGGACUGUGCAUGCUUCUGUGACACUAUAGCAGCCUAUGCACAUGCUUGUGCACAAAAAGGUGUUGUUGUUCACUGGAGAUCACCGAAUCUGUGCCCACAAAGCUGUGAGGACCUGAAUAAACACGAAUUAGAUUACCAAUGUGAGUGGCGAUUUAAUAACUGUGGACCUGCUUGUCCUGUUACUUGCCAACACCCACAGCCUUUGGAGUGCCCUCUGAAGUGUGUGGAAGGAUGCCAUGUACACUGUCCUGCAGGAAAAAUACUUGAUGAACUGUCCCUGGAUUGUGUCAGUCCAGAAGACUGUCCCGUAUGUACAGUUGGAGAUGUCAAGAUCCUGCAUGGAAGGAGCAUAAUUUUGAACAGAGAUGAUCCACAGAGCUGUCAGUCUUGUCUGUGUGAAGGGAAGAACUUAACCUGCAUAGCCUGUGAACCCAUGGAGAACACCCUAACACUGGCAACACCUAUUCCAGAAGAGGACAUUGAACGACCAGCCAGUGAAUACUCAUGCAGCAAGAUGAUGGACUUGGCUUUCCUAAUGGAUGGCUCUGAUAAACUCUCAGAGGAGGACUUCGAACACCUGAAGACUUUCAUAAUUGGCAUGAUGAGGGAACUCCACAUCUCCCAAAAGAAAAUCCGAGUGUCAAUUCUGGUGUAUAGGGCUGGUCCCACAAUCUAUCUUGGCCUUAAAGAUGUCAAAAGACAGUCCCAGAUGAGGAAAAUUGUCCAAAGCAUAAAAUACACAGGUGAUGCAGUAGCGUCUGCCUCUGAAGUUCUUAAAUACUCUGUGUUUCAUGUGUUUGGAAAAGCAGAAAGGACCAAUGCUGCUAGAAUUGCAGUGCUAUUUAUAGCGAGCAAGUCUUCAGGAAAACUCCGCAACAUCGUCUCCGUUUUGAAGACCAAAAAAAUCUCGGUAAUACCUGUGGCGAUUGGGCCAUAUGUCAGCAUGGAGCAAAUCAGGUUCAUUGAAAGGCAGUCACCAGAUAACAGAGCUUUCAUACUGAGCAAUGUGUUAGAGCUCAUGGACAACAGAGAUCUCCUCAUUGAUCGUCUGUGUGAUCUUGGACCUGAAGAAAGUUCUCUGUUACCAGCUACAUCCGGUCCAGCAUUAUCCAGUGUCAUGUUUCCAUCUUGGCAACUCACAACCCCAACACCCUAUUCAGAAAAGCCUGCUCACAAAAGCCUGGAUAUUGCUUUUAUUGUGGAAGGAUCUGACAAUGUAGGGGAGGAAAAUUUCAAUAUUGUCAAGAAGUUCAUUGAGAAAGUGAUCACAGGGAUGAAUGUAGGACAGGAAGAUAUUCAUGUUACAGUCAUGCAGUAUUCAGAGUCUGUCACUCUGGAGUAUUCCUUUAGGGAAAUGCAGUCAAAGGAAAGUAUUAUUGAGAAGGUGAGGAGCAUACCCUACCAAGGAGGGAAGGCUACCAACACUGGGAAGGCCCUUGAUUAUAUUUCCAAGCAUACAUUUAUACCAGUGAAUGGAGGCAGGCAAGAUGUUCCUCACUUGGUGUAUAUGGUGUCAUCCAGUCCUUCCACUGAUGUUAUCAAACGACCUCCCUGGGACAUAAAUGUUAUUCCCAUAGGCAUAACCCCCAGUGCAGAUAUCCAAGAGCUCAGAAAGAUCAGUCAUCCUAAUGAGCCUAUUAUCUUGCAUAGUUACAACACACUUAUUGAAGAAGCACCUGAAUUAGUGCUGCAGUCAUGCUGCUCUCACAAACGUUGGAGUCCAGACUUGUGCAACAAGCCGAUGGAUGUCAUGUUUCUUCUGGAUGGAAGUUCCAAUAUUGGAGCAUCGGAGUUUGAGGAAAUGAAAAACUUUGUGCAGGCAUUUAUUAAAAAUGCUGAGAUCAGCAAUACUUCGGUUCAUGUGUCAGUUCUCCAGUAUGCCAGGGAAAAUAAUCUAGAAAUUUCAUGGAACAUGCCUCAAGAGACCCAAAGGCUUGUAGAGGUGGUGCAAUCCAUUCAACAAAGGGAGCAAGGUCCUACCAGACUAGGAAAUGCCAUUGAGUUUGUGGUCCAGAAUGCAAUGGCAGAAUCCCAUGGAGGACGACCCAACGCAUCAAAAGUUGUGAUAGUCAUUGUGUCGGGGAGAUCAGAAGACACUGUGGAGGCUGCUGCACUUUCUGCAAGAAUGAACAGGGUAUCCCUGUUUCCAAUUGGUGUUGGGACCAGCUAUGAUGAGGAGCAACUAAGGACUUUGGCUGGGCCAUCUGCUGCUAACAGAAUCAUGAAGCUUCAGAAUUUUGAGGAUUUAUCCACCAUGAUCACAUUGAACAGUGAAUUUAUCAAAAAAGUGUGCAUGG